AUGACGAAGCUUGACCAACGAGGAGACAUUGCGGUAGCGGAGAUCGUCGUCUAUAUACCCAUCCUCAUUCUCUCGGUCAUCCUGGUGAUACGGAAUGGCUUUACAAGACAAGCUGGCUGGAUUUACCUCGUCAUCCUCUCCCUCAUCCGAAUAGUAGGGUCCUGCGCCGCCAUCGCAUCCGAAUACAACACGAGCAGCGAGAAUCUUGAGAUUACAGCGCUCAGUCUGGAAUCGGCCGGCGUGUCCCCACUGCUCCUGGCGACGCUCGGCUUCCUUCGCACAAUCUGCCAAGAUACACUCGACAGGGAUCCCCUCAUCGCAAAGGGCCUCAAGCUCUUGCCGCUUGCGGGCACGAUCGCGCUGAUCCUCGCCAUCGUGGGCGGCAUCAACUCGGGCACUGGCAGCACGCAGUCGUCCAUCAACCAAGGCCUGACCUUGCGGCACGUCGGCGACAUCAUGUUCGCCGUGAUCUUCGUCCUGGUCGUCCUGUUGAACGGCCUCUGCUGGGCAAACCGCGGCAGCAUCGCCUACAACCGGCGCGUGCUGCUCGCGGGCAUCACCGGCGCGCUGCCCUUCGUCUUUGUGCGCGUCCUCUACGCGGUGCUGUCCGGCUUCGCGCCGUCGCUGCGGGGCGUCAACGCGGACGGGCAGGUUGUCUACGUGCCGAGCACGUCGCCGCUCAACACGUUCAACAGCCUCACGGGCAGCUGGGUGGCGUACCUCGUCAUGGGCGUCGUGCCGGAGUUCGCGACGAUGCUGGUGUACAUCACCGUGGGCACGCGGGUCCACUUGGAGCGGGACUCUGCGGACGCCGCGUACAUGCUUGGGCGGCCGUCAAUACAGUCGGAUCGAGAGAGCCAGGAGGCGCUGGCGCGCUUUCAACCGCGCUUUGAGCAGCCUCCGAACGCGUACUAUGCCAAAUAA